AUGUCGAUAUCGGAUCAAAAUCCGGGUGCAUUGGCGGGUUUGGCAGCAGCCAUCUUGGGUUCCACCUAUUUUUUGUAUUGCAAACUGUUGCGCUCAACAAAACUCCGGCUGGCCGGCGGAUAUUCGAUCGAUCAACAAGCUCUGCCAGUUGAGGUGGGUCUCGCCGCGGCGAAAAUCUCCGGGUUACGGUGAUUUUUGGCGCGGGUUUUUUGAUAGUAAAUAAGCCUAUAGGCUUGUUUGGUAUCAAAUUGAAGCGCGAAAUUUCAAAAAUUCAAAAAAAAAUUUUUUUCAGGACCAACCUGGCGUCUGGAAAUCCGCCUUGAUGGACGGAAAAGACGACGUGAUUCACACUUUCUAUCCAGAUGUUCAAACUCUUCAUGACACAUUCUUAAGGGGUGUUAAAGUAGGUGAAAAACAAUUUUUCUAGCGAAAAACCCAUGAUUUUCCCAUAGGAAAGCGGUGGAAAUGGUGAUUGUGUGGGUUUUCGAAGUUCAGCCGAUGUGGAUUACGAAUUUCUGAGCUAUGAUCGAGUUUUGGAAGACUCCAGACAUUUGUCGAUGGCGUUGGUCCACGAAUUUGGGUUGAAACCAGGUAAAAAACAAAAAUAUAUAUUUUUUUUUAUAAAAAAUAUUCAAAAAAUUCGCGUGGCGCCACACAUCGUGGCGAGACCCAUGUGUGUGUUUGCAUGCGCCUUGAAUACGGUGUGUGUGUGUUUUUUUUUUUGAAAGACAAAAAAUUGUUUUUUUCGCCUAAAUUUUGAGGAAAUGUGAGUUUUCGGGGGUUUUUUUGAUGAAAUUUCGGAUUUUAAAAUGAUUUUCCAAGGGAAAUAUAGGAAUUUUCAUGUAAAAUAUCGAUUUUUGACCAGAAAAUCAUGAAAAAUCGCAAAAUUAUUGAUUUUUUGAGGUUUGAAAAGGGAAAUAUAGGAAUUUUCAUGUAAAAUAUCGAUUUUUAAGCUGAAAAUCAUGAAAAAUCGCAAAUUUUCACUGUGAAUUCAUUGAAAACUAUGAAAAUAAUUCAAAAUUUCCAUUUUUAACCUGAAAAUCAUGAAAAAUCGCAAAUUUUCACUCUGAAUUCAUUGAAAACUAUGAAAAUAAUUCAAAAUUUCGAUUUUUAACCUGAAAAUCAUGAAAAAUCGCAAAUUUUCACUGUGAAUUCAUUGAAAACUAUGAAAAUAAUUGAAAAUUUCGAUUUUUAACCUGAAAAUCAUGAAAAAUCGCAAAUUUUCACUGUGAAUUCAUUGAAAACUAUGAAAAUAAUUCAAUUUCGAUUUUUAACCUGAAAAUCAUGAAAAAUCGCAAAUUUUCACUGUGAAUUCAUUGAAAACUAUGAAAAUAAUUCAAAAUUUCACUAAAAUUCCCAAAUUUUCCCCCAAAAACCCCUGAUCUUCCUCCAGGCAACACAACAAACAUCGCAAUCUACGCUCGAAACUCUCCACAAUGGUUAAUCAGUGCUCUUGGCUCAAUGAAACAAUCAAUAGUCGUAGUACCAUUAUAUGAUACACUUGGACCUGAAGCUGCAACUUUUAUCAUUUCCCAAGCGGAAAUUAGUGUUGUUAUUGUGGACAAAUCGGAAAAGGCAAAAUCAUUGAUUAAAAAUUGUGAAAAUGUGCCGAGUUUGAAGACAAUUAUUGUGAUUGAAGCGGAAAAUUUUGAAGAAGAUGAUAUUGAACUUGCGAAAUAUAAUGGCAUUAAUUUGCUCAAUUUCAAACAAGUUUUGCAAAUCGGAAAGGAGCAUCUUGUCCGAGAGAAAUACACGGAAUUGUUGCCGAAACCCGAUGAUGUUUAUAUUAUUUGCUAUACUUCUGGGACAACUGGGACACCGAAGGGAGUUAUGCUAACUCAUGCGAAUAUUGUUGCGAAUAUUAGUGGAUUUUUGAAGAUUUUAUCGACGUUUAUGCCAGAGUUUAUGAGGGGUAGACAGGUGGGAAUGUAUUUUAGAUAGCUUCCGGAAGCUUCCGCGCCACGUGGAUUACUAUGAUAUGGCAAACGUCAUAGUGAUUCACGUGGCCGCUGAAGCGGAAGACAGUGCCGCUAACGCGGAAGCUUGCGGUCUACACUCGCUACGCUCGAAAACCCGAGCGCCAGAGGCGCGAGUGUAGACCGGAAGCUUCCGCGUUAGCGGUCACUCGAAUUGGGGGCUAGGGCCCUUAACUGUGGAGGUAGGGCCCUUAACUGUGAAGGUAGGGCCCUUAACUGUGGAGGUAGGGCGCUUAACUGUGAAGGUAGGGUCCUUAACUGUGGAGGUAGGGCCCUUAACUGUGAAGGUAGGGCCCUCAACUGUGGAGGUAGGGCCCUUAACUGUGAAGGUAGGGCCCUCAACUGUGGAGGUAGGGCCCUGAGGUAGGGCCCUUAACUGUGGAGGUACGGUCCUUAACUGUGGAGGUAGGGCCCUUAACUGUGAAGGUAGGGCCCUGAGGUAGGGCCCUUAACUGUGGAGGUACGGUCCUUAACUGUGGAGGUAGGGCCCUUAACUGUGAAGGUAGGGCCCUUAACUGUGAAGGUAGGGUCCUUAACUGUGGAGGUAGGGUCCUUAACUCUUGAAAAUUUUUCCUGGAAGGGGGGUUAACUCAAGGGGAACCGGAGCUACUAGUUCAUGUAUGCGAGCGGAGCGAGUGUAGACCGCAAGCUUCCGCGUCAGCGGCCACUCGGAUUGCUAUGACGUGGCAGAGCUGCGAUUAUACCACGUCAUAGUAACCCGUUUUUUUUUUUCAUUUCAGAGUCAUAUCUCAUACCUUCCUUUAUCUCAUAUGAUGGAACAAUUAACCCAUUGGACACUUCUCGGUUUUGGCGCCAAAAUCGGAUAUUUCCGUGGAAACAUCCAAGGAUUAACCGACGAUAUCAAAUCCCUCAAACCAACUGUUUUCCCAGUAGUUCCACGAUUAUUGAAUCGAUUGUACGACGCAGUUACGGUGAGUGUAAACGCGGAGCAUCGUCGUAUUUUUUGUUUUUCAGUCAAAAGUCGCUCAACAAGGUUUCAUCAGCAAACUCGUCUUCAAUUUCGCCUUCUCGCAAAAAUUAGCCCUAGUGAAAUCCGGAAAAAUCUCUCGUGAAACAAUUUGGGACCGGUUUGUGUUCAAAAAAAUCCAGGAACAAGUUGGCGGCAAAGUUGAUCUGAUGGUGACCGGAUCCGCUCCGAUCUCAUCGCAAGUUCUCGAAACUUGUCGAGUUACACUUGGCGCCACAAUUGUUGAAGGGUAUGGACAAACUGAGUGCACGGCACUGGGAACUUUCACUUGGAUGGGUGAUCCCAGUACGGGGCAUUGUGGUGGACCGGCGCCGUGUACAUUGAUGAAGUUGGGAGAUGUUCCGGAUUUGAAUUAUUUUGCCAAGGAUGGGAAAGGAGAGAUCAGGAUUAAGGGUGAGAAACAUUUUCAAAAAAUAAAAAUUUUGCGAAAUUUGAGUCAUUUUAAUACCAAAUAAGCCCAGGUUCAAUUUUGGCGCCAAAAAAUUUGAAUUUAAUUUUUUUUCGCGCUGGAAUAGCCACGUGGCGUGCUUCGCAAGCCCUGUUUGAAUAGUUUUGAAUUUCGCGCCAGCAACCACCAACCUUGACGCAUUUUUUGUAACCUGAAGGAUUUCGAAGCUACAAAUAUUGCGCCAGCAAAUAUACAUGUUGACGCAUAAUUUAAAAUUUUCAAAAUUUGAAUUUUGGAAAUUUUUUGAAGCCGAAAAUAGCCACGUGGCAUUCAUUUUUUGGGACGAAAAAUGUAAAUUUUUUCAAAUUUGAAUUUCGCGCGAAAAGUUCGAUUUUUGAAAAAUCCCAAAUUUCAGCUACAAAAUAGCCACGUGGCAUUCAUUUUUUGGGACGAAAAAAUGAGAUUUUUUGAAAAAUUUGAAUUUCGCGCGAAAAAUAAAAUUUUUGAAAAAUUUGAAUUUCGGCUAUAAAAAAGCCACGUAGCAUUUUUUGGGACGAAAAAAUGAAAUUUUUGAAAAUUUCAAAUUUCGCGGGAAAAAAUGAGAUUUUUUUUUGAAAAAUAUUCAAAUUUCUUCAAAAAAAAUGAAAAUUUUUGAAAAAUAUUCAAAUUUAAACUACAAAAAGCCACGUGGCAUUUCAAAAUCUGCAAUUUUCUCAAUUUUCAACCAAAAAUCUUCAAAUUCGGGCUCAAAAUUCUCCAAAUUUCCAGGUCCAUCCGUCACCAAAGGCUACUACAAAGAUGCCGAAAGAACCGCCGAACUUUUCGACGAAGCCGGAUUUUUGAUGACUGGCGACAUCGGAGAAAUGCUGCCGAAUGGCACAAUUCGAAUUAUCGACCGGAAAAAACACAUUUUCAAGCUGGCACAAGGCGAAUACGUGGCACCGGAGAAGAUCGAGAAUGUUUAUGUGAGAACAUCGGUGGUGCAACAGGUUUAUGUGGAUGGUGAUAGUUUGCAAAGGUUGGUUGCGGGGAAAAUUACGAAGCUCCGCGUUUACGCGGUGAAAUUUGGAGCAUUUUGAGCCCAAACACUGUUUACGAGGUCAAAUUUGCCCUAAAAUGACUCAUUUUUGAUGGCGUAAACGCGGAGCAUCGUAGUUUCCACUAAAAAUGGGGGGGGGGGGCUCAAAAAAUAUUUGGGCUCAAAAUGAUCCAAAUUUCGCAGUGUAACCACGGAGCUUUGUAGUUUUCUAGUUUUCUACAAGGCUCCGCGUUUACACGGCGAAAUUUGCAGCAGCCCAAACACUUUACGAGGUCAAUUUUACCUCAAAAUCUCUAAUUUUUGAUGGCGUAAACGCGGAGCAUCGUAGUUUUUCUGUGAAAUUUCGAUCUUUAGAUGGUUAAUCGCAGUUGUUGUGCCCGAACCUUCGGUUUUACUGGAAUGGAAUUCGAAACAUGGUGGAAACCUAGAAAGAUCGAUUCAGGAAAUUUGUCAAGAUGAAAAAGCGCAGGAAUUUGUGAUUCAGGAAUUGAAUUCGUAUGGAAAAGCCAAUAAAUUGAACUCUAUUGAACAGGUGGGGAAAAUUUACGAUACUCCGCAAUGACGCGAUGAAUUUCUGGCGGGAAAACUCGAUUUUUGAACAUUUUUCAGGUCAAAAAAGUGAUUCUUGAGUCGGACCCAUUCACAGUUGAAAACGGCCUACUUACACCAACUCUGAAAGCCAAACGACCCCAACUUCGACUGAAAUACAAAGAUGAAAUGAACAAGAUCUAUGCGAAAUUUCCGAAUUUGUGA